CUGGCCAUGCAGACCCUGCAGGAGAACCACCAGACUGUUCUCGGCGAUGGUGCGUUCACGAAUGGAAUGGCUCACGUCCAUGUUCACCUGUGCACAGAUAAGUCAUUAACAUGUGGACAAUGUCAUUUGUCUUGCAUUGUUUCUGAGAGGCUCUGCUGACAGACAAACCACACAUUGCAAGGGAAAUAAGCAAAUUAGAAUUACCACAUGUAUCCUGACUCACAGUCUACAGUCACUGACCUUUAGAGCUCAUCCAUCAUAGCCAGCAAGUCGUCCCCCUUGUUUCUGGAUCCCUCUGUCGGGCUUCCCCCUUCAUCAAAUUCUCCUGCUAUGCGUGCCAGCUCAGUACUGGCCAGCUGAUCCUGAGAAUACCAAGGGAACUCUUGUACUGUAAACAUUUGGAACUGUUGAAGUUUGGAUUUCUCAAGGUAUUACAGAAGUACUGUUGCAGAAGGAAACUAAAAAUUAUGGGAAAACUUCAGUACCUUUCUGUGUUUAUAGUGGUGGCUAUCUUUACGUGUGAAAGUAAAAAACAAGUCAGCAUCUCAGAAACUCUCAGUUACAAGUAUGUCAGUCACAAAUGGAUGAAGAAAAUAGAAAAUAGCACACUUCUAUCGGCUAUAUCAAUACCUGGAACACACCAAAGCAACAGGUACUUAAGAACCUCCACACCAAUGUUCCAAGCAUGGGGACUGCACAACCAGCUGGAUGCAGGCGUGCGUUUUUUUGACUUGCACAUGUCCUCUGACAGCAUCAAGUACGUUAAGACUGGAAACGUCCAGGAAUCAGAGACCCUUAAUUAUUUUUUAAAAACUAUGCUGACGUUCCUUGUAAAACAGAAGAAAGAGACACUGUUGCUUAGAUUGACUCCAGAUGAGGGUGCUGUCGCUCAAGUCACAAAAUUGUUAAGGCAUGAUGAAUUGUUAAGGCGUGUGUGGAGAGACAAAGAGAUUCCAACAUUGGGUCAGGUGAGAGGCAAGAUAGUCUUGAUUCAGAGUUCAACAUUAGAAUUAGGACUUCCUGCUCACAUCACAGAAUUGAAUGCAGACAUGGAUACAAAAGAAACACAAAUGAGAGAAAAUAUCAAGUUAGCUUCACAAAAGUGUGAACAGGAGAUGAUGCUCACAUACACUGGGGCCAACGGAGAAUCAGAGGAGCCACUUGAAAUUGCAAAAACACUGAAUAAACAAGUUGACGAUUAUCUCCUCGAUCUUAAGGGAGACACAAAUAGACCACAUUGUGUAGGUAUAAUUGCUAUGGACUUCCCUGGUCCAAAAGUCAUCCAAACAAUCAUCAAUUUUAAUGGCAAAUUAGGGGAGGGGUCACAGAUUGUAGGUGACUCAGGUAGCAAUGAAGAUGUUGCUCUGCCUGAUUCUGACAUUUUUGAAAAUUUUGAGGAAGAAGAAACUUCAGACCACGAAGAAUCUCAAUCAACGGGAGAGGAACAUCAUGAAGAAGGCGGAGAAACUUCAGACCACGAAGAAUCUCAAUCCACGGGAGAGGAACAUCAUGAAGAAGGCGGAGAAACUUCAGACCACGAAGAAUCUCAAUCCACGGGAGAGGAACAUCAUGAAGAAGGCGGAGAAACUUCAGACCACGAAGAAUCUCAAUCAACGGGAGAGGAACAUCAUGAAGAAGGCGGAGAAACUUCAGACCACGAAGAAUCUCAAUCCACGGGAGAGGAACAUCAUGAAGAAGGCGGAGAAACUUCAGACCACGAAGAAUCUCAAUCCACGGAGAGGAACAUCAUGAAGAAGGCGGAGAAACUUCAGACCACGAAGAAUCUCAAUCCACGGGAGAGGAACAUCAUGAAGAAGGCGGAGAAACUUCAGACCACGAAGAAUCUCAAUCCACGGGAGAGGAACAUCAUGAAGAAGGCGGAGAAACUUCAGACCACGAAGAAUCUCAAUCCACGGGAGAGGAACAUCAUGAAGAAGGCGGAGAAACUUCAGACCACGAAGAAUCUCAAUCCACGGAGAGGAACAUCAUGA